AUGGUGGAUUUUGUCGCCAACGAUCGCGUUUCUAUUGAUGUUUCUGGAGACGGCAGCAACUCAAUCCUUGGUACUCCCACCACAGUCGCUAAUAUUGAAACAAGUGCUUAUUUAUUCUAUUCACUCCAGGCAGAGGCAGACGUGGUUGCAAUUUGCAAUAUUAUUGGAAACCUAACGAUUCAAGCUGCGGCAAAUGGCAACGGGUUUUUGAAUGACGGAGAAAAUUUUAGAGGUUACCCAGUGGUAGGUUUCAAUCAUCGCAUGCAGACAUCUGGUAAAUGCGAACAAAUCCCUAAACAUAAAGAUGAGAGCUGUACCCCCACCCAAAUUUUAGAUAAAAAUGAGAGCACAUGUACGUGGGACCGUCGCGUGCACACGUCUUUGUUCUUUGACGUUGAACUGAGAGUGCCUCUGUCUCGAUUCCGAGAUGCCGUGAAGGAUGUAAAGAAAAUAAGAGAUUUGAAUCCCCAAAGGAUGUGUGACCAAUCUUUAAUAGCUUUUAGGUCUAUUAAGAAGUCGGAGGUGUACCUGGGACGUGCUGAGGAUCAGGUGACGAUGGAGCUACUAACUUAUCAACCAAGGGAAGCGGGUACGCCCAAAUGGAAUGAAGAUUUGUAUGAAGAGAUAGAGCAGAUGGUGAUCGAGAAGUAUGGAGGGGGACUCCAUUGGGGAAAGUCUGGAGGUCACUUGUUCGGAUAG